AUGGACCAACACCACGAAAUGAUCCUGAUGAAGGAUGAAGAGGCCAUGCUCCAUUACUGCGCAUGGAGAAAGACAGGUGUGCUACUUGAGAAAUGGGUGAAAAGCCAACCAGAGACAGAAACGUCGAGCUCGACGUACCUGGAUGUAGACGUGAGUGAUAAUGGAUGCCCGGUCGACCUUACCACCAAGGUUGGCAAGGAAUUGACAUACCCUCUCACUCAAGGAGGCUGUGGUGAUGUUUGGAAAUUGGCGAAAGGCCAACCGGAGACAGAAAUGUCGAGCUCGAUGCACCUGGAUAUAGACAUCAGUGAUAAUGGACGCCCGGUUGACCUCACCACCAAGAUUGUCAAGGACUUGACUUAUGCUACUGCGCAGGGCAGUUUUGGUGACGUUUGGAAAUGCAUAUUCUCAGAAAAAGAUAAUAACGUGGAGGUGGCAAUUAAAUGUGUCAGAAUUGAAAUUCAGAAUGACAGUUUCAAGAAAAUCGUCAAUGAGAGGUUGAUGGACGACUUCUGCAAGUGGAAACCACUGUUACGACAAACGGUCGUGUGCGACUAG